UAUCUCACGCUCUCAGUCUAUCUCUCUCUUUCACAGACCUGCAAUCAAACGGUUUGCGACUGCAAGGGGCUGAAGGGCAGCACCGGGCAGCUCGGACCGCACGGCGUCCCGGGGACCGCCGGUGAUCCGGGUGAUCUCGGGUUCGAUGGGCCGCCGGGGCUACGCGGGGAGCCGGGCAACCGAGGCGAGCUGGGCGUAACCGGCCCCAAAGGAUAUCGGGGUGACACUGGCGAGCGGGGACCGCAGGGUGUGCCGGGGUACGGGGGGUUGCCGGGUGAGAGCGGGUUCCGGGGGCCGUUCGGGCUGGACGGGUGCAACGGGACGGACGGCGCGAUGGGCACACCGGGGUACCCGGGACCACCGGGGCCGCGGGGGCCGCAGGGUCCGGCGGGGUUGCAGGGGUUUCGGGGCGAUUCGGGCGAAGGUGGCAUCAACUCGAAGGGUACCAAGGGUGACAAGGGCGUAAGCGGUGGCCCCGGGCAGCCGGGAAUGCGCGGGUGGAAGGGCGAGCGGGGUGCCAGGGGAUACGACGGAACGACUGGGGCGCCCGGCGACGACGGGUGGCCCGGGGAGCGCGGGGACAAGGGCGAGGCCAGCCACGUGUUCUGCCCGGGGGAGCCGGGGGAACCGGGGGAACCGUUCCUCAUGCUGAUCGGGCGCAACGAAACGGUCAACAUCGGCGUGAAGGGCUCGAAGGGUGAACGGGGCUGGGACGGGGCGGCCGGCCAGCACGGGCUGAAGGGGGACUCGGGCGUGCAGGGCGAGCGGGGCCAGAAGGGGUUCAAGGGCGAGGAGGGCAACGAGGGCGACCGGGGCAAGCAGGGCAAGGUGGGGCCACCGGGGUCGUCCGGAGAGAAGGGUGAGAAGGGGGCGCCCGGAUAUGCGGGCCGGGACGGGGAACCGGGCGACCGGGGGCCGACCGGGGACGACGGGCUUGCGGGGCAACCGGGGCGGCAGGGAGCACCGGGGUCGAAGGGCGAGUAUCGGCCCGAGCUGGCCCCGAUCGUGGUGGGGCCGCAGGGCCCACAGGGCGACAUUGGGCCACCGGGUCGGGCGGGGAUGGCGGGCAUUCCGGGGUCGAAGGGACGGCGCGGGCCGAUGGGGCCGCCGGGCCUCCCGGGAGACCCGGGACUGGACGGGGCCCGUGGUGUGAAGGGCACCUCGACCGGGGGCCAGCCCGGCCAUGACGGGGAGGGCGGUCCGCAGGGACUGAUCGGUGCCCGGGGUCCGCCGGGACCGAUGGGGCCGAAGGGGCAGACGGGCUUCACCGGGCGCAAUCUGCAGGGCCCGAAGGGGGAACCGGGGACACCCGGGCUGAACGGGGACUUUGGCGAGAACGGGGACCAGGGCGACGAUGGGGAGCCCGGCGACAAGGGGCUGGACGGAACGGGCUACAACAUUACGGGGCCACCGGGCCCGGUGGGGCAUCCGGGGCGGGCCGGGCCACCCGGCGACUGGGGGAUGAACGGGUACACGGGCGUCCCGGGCGACAAGGGGUACCGCGGGGAGGACUGCGGCACGUGUCCGCCGGGGCCGCGGGGGGCCAAGGGGAACGGCGGUGACAUCGGCCAGCCCGGACUCGACGGCUACGACGGACGCCGGGGGUUGCCGGGACCGCGCGGGGAAAAAGGAAACCGCGGCAAGCCGGGAGUGCAAGGCGACCUCGGACGCAAAGGUGAAAAAGGCGACAUCGGGGAAAGCGGAGUGCCGGGAACGCCCGGAGCGCCGGGCAUCGUGCGCGACAGCGGCGAACUCCGGAUGCCGGAACGAGGCGAGGACGGUGGCAUGGGGCCCCGGGGAGAGCAGGGCCCGACCGGCGACGCGGGUGACCCGGGCCCGACCGGGUACGAUGGGCGGCCGGGCGAGCAGGGCGAGUACGGCGACGACGGCUUUCCAGGCCGCCCGGGACAAGACGGGCGGCCGGGAGAACCGGGCCGCGACGGGUUCGCGGGACGAGACGCAUUCGUCAACGAGUACAACGCGUGGUCCAUCCGCGGCGUCCCCGGAGGUCCCGGUGAUGGUGGAGCGAAGGGCGAGCGGGGCGACCAGGGUGACCGCGGCGAGCCGGGAGCGAUGUCAGCCAUGGACUUCUCGAUCGCCGGCGACAAGGGCGUGGUGGGAGAGACUGGCGCCCCAGGCCCGAAAGGCGAGAAGGGCUACCGCGGCGAGACGGGCUUCCUGGGGUUGCGCGGUUUCGACGGACCACCCGGCCUCCAGGGCCUCAGCAUCCCAGGGCCGGACGGGUACAAGGGCUACUACGGCAUCAUCGGAGACCACGGGCCGGCGGGGCCGCCCGGGAGCGACGGAACACCCGGCGUGGACGGAAUCGCCGGGCUGCAGGGCCUGCGAGGCCAGCGCGGUGACCCAGGCCGCCCGAUCCUGAUGGGCGAGAAGGGCGUCGAGGGCGAGGGCGGCUUCUACGGUGAGAUCGGAGACAAGGGCUUCCGGGGGCCGGAGGGAGUGCGCGGCCCGCACGGAACGGUCGGCGUGAAAGGCGAACAGGGCGAGCCCGGCUCGUACGGGAAGCCGGGGCUGCGAGGCAACAAGGGUCAGCCGGGCGACAUCGUCUACGGGGACCGCGGGGCGCCGGGGGCGCCCGGGCGCGACGGACGCAUCGCACCGUACGGCGACAAGGGCGAGCGCGGUGACGCCGGCAUCGAGGGACCGCAGGGCCCGAAGGGCGAAGGCGGGGCCAUCGGGCGCGACGGCUUCCCGGGGCUGCCGGGUGACGACGGAGCGGCCGGCGAACGCGGUCUUGCCGGGCGGAUGGGCGACAUGGGCGAAGAAGGCUACACGGGCGAGCGGGGCCUCACCGGAGACAUCGGCCACCCGGGACUGACGGGCGCCCGAGGUCUGGUGGGCAUGCGGGGCCCCCCGGGGCUGGCUGGAGACCCGGGUGACAUGGGACUCCCGGGCCGGAACGGCGCGUACGGACGGAAGGGCGAACGGGGAGACAUCGGCGACAUGGGACCGCGCGGCCAGAAGGGCGGCGCUUCGUUCAGUGGCAUGAAGGGCGAGGUGGGCGAGCCGGGUAUGCGCGGAGCCCCCGGCUACGACGCGCGCCCGGGCCAGAUGGGCCGGAAGGGUCAGGAGGGAGACCCGGGCCUAGCGAUCGAUGGACAGCGCGGCACCAAGGGCCAGAAGGGAGCCCCCGGCUACCACGGACUGCCAGGCCGGCCCGGUGCGAAGGGCGAGCGCGGCGAAGAAGGAGUGCUCGGCCAGAAGGGCCUCGGCGGCGACAAGGGACGCGACGGAUAUCCCGGCAUCAGUGGACGCCCCGGGCGGUUGGGCGCACGGGGAGCGGUCGGAGCGCGCGGUGAACAGGGAGCGCGUGGCCAAAGCGGAGACCCGGGCGUCGAUGGGCUGCGCGGUUACGGCGGUGAGAAGGGCCUGCGCGGUGACGUCGGAUUGGCGGGGUUGGUGGGGAUGCCGGGACAGCCCGGCGACCGCGGAUUCCCGGGCAUCCCCGGCAACGUGCUGGCGGCGGCUGCCCAGAAGGGCGACCAAGGCGACCCGGCUCCGGAAGGCCCGGAAGGUGACCAAGGGCCCCCGGGUCUGAAGGGCACGCGGGGCUACCCGGGACGGAAGGGAACGCAGGGCCCGACCGGCUACCCGGGGAUGGCCGGCAUCGAGGGACGCGACGGUCCGAAGGGACAGCGCGGUGACGUCGGCCGCAAGGGACCUCCCGGUCAGCUGGAGGCGGUUCCGGAGCGCGGAGAGGCGGGUGACGCCGGCUUCGACGGAUUCACCGGGCGACCGGGGCUCCCCGGCAACAAGGGGGCACCGGGUGACUACGGUGACAACGGGCUGAUCGGGAUGCCUGGCCAGCCAGGCUUCGUGAACGGCGCACUGAAGGGUACCCGCGGAGACGUCGGCUUCGAGGGCGCCCCCGGGCCCGACGGCCUACCCGGCCUCCCCGGCAUCGAAGGUCUGAUGGGCCCGGCCGGACCGCGGGGUCUCCCCGGAAGCAUCGGCCCGAUAAUGCCCGGGUUCCGAGGGGACCCGGGCGAGGACGGCCUACCGGGGCUGGAGGGCCUUCCCGGUCCGUUCGGAUUCCCGGGCGAUCGCGGAAGCCCGGGGCUGCCAGGAGUUCGUGGGCUCCCCGGAUCCCGCGGCGAGGUGGGCGACGUCGGCGAGGAAGGCUUCAACGGGCGGCUCGGCAUGUGGGGAGCGAAGGGCGAGCCGGGUGAUCUGCCGUCGCUGGUGAACUGGCGUCCGACGCAACCGGGCGACCGGGGACUGUCCGGGAACCGGGGGCUCCUCGGUGACGAAGGCGAAUCCGGCCCACCCGGCUACCCGGGGCUGCGCGGCCUGAAGGGUAUGCAAGGAGCGACCGGCGAAGAGGGUUCACCGGGCCAACCCGGCACCAAGGGCGAACGCGGCAUUGCCGGAGCCCCCGGAGUCAGCGGCCUCGAUGGUCGUCCAGGCGAACCAGGACUCCCCGGGGAUGAUGCACCACCGCCACCACCACCCAACAACCUCGGGUAUCUGUUCACGCGCCACUCGCAGAAGGUGGCCGUACCGGAGUGCCCCAUCAACACGCACAAGCUGUGGGACGGAUACUCGCUUGCGAACGUCAUCGCCAGCAGCCGGUCGAUCGGUCAGGACCUCGGCUCGGCCGGCUCCUGCCUGCGGCGCUUCAGCACGAUGCCGUUCAUGUUCUGCGACAUCAACAACGUCUGCAACUACGCAUCCAACAACGACGACACGAUCUGGCUGGCGACGCCCGAACCGAUGCCGAUGUCGAUGGCGCCGAUCCCCGCCGACCAGGUCUCGCGCUACGUCUCGCGCUGCAGCGUGUGUGAGUCGAACACGCGCGUCAUGGCCCUGCACAGCCAGUCCAUGAGCAUCCCCGACUGCCCGGAGGGCUGGGAGGAACUCUGGCUCGGCUACAGCUACGUCAUGCACACAUCGGACAACUCGGGUGGCUUCGGGCAGGACUUUGUGUCGCCCGGCUCGUGUCUGGAGGAGUUCCGACCGCAACCGGUGAUCGAGUGCCACGGGCACGGGACGUGCAACUUCUACGACGGCGUGUCCUCCUUCUGGCUGACCGUCAUCGAAGACGAGGCGCAGUUUAACCAACCACAGCAGCAAACCCUGAAGGCUCACCAGACGAGCAAAGUCAGCCGGUGCAUCGUGUGCCGCCGGAAGCCGAGCAUCAUGCGCGUGCUGAACGGUGGCGGAUCGAUCAGUGCCUCGGCUCUGCGCCGACCGCAGACGGCCACCGUGUCCAGGCCGCAGUAUCCGCCGCCGCCACCACACUACGCAGGCAACGGGCGAAGGCAGCCAGGCGGCCAAGCGGCCGGAGGCCGACGGCGAAAGCUCAACCGUAACCAGGGCUAGCAGCAGCAGCAGGAGGUCUAG